AUGAAUAUUAUCGACUUCGACGCUACUUUAGAUGAGCUUGACAUCCGAUUCUUGGACCCUACCAAUGACUUAAUAUCAGGCAACUCUGUGGAAACACUGGCUGUUUUCGACGACAAACAAUUUCUAUUCGCUAGCUUGGCGACUCCAUUCAGCUGUCAACCAUUCAAAUUCCUCGAGAGUGACGGCGAUGGUAGCAUUUCUCCCACAAAACUCGUCAACCCCCGAAUGAGAAACUCUUUCAGUAAGCAACUGGCUUUGGCAUCUCCCUUAUUGGACAACACCGAAUUUAGUUUCGGGGAUAUUUCACCAACACAAAUAGUAAAUGGAAAAGGCGAUGAUCUCGACCAUUCAAUUCUAGACGACAAUGAAGUUGACGAAGAAGAUGAGUUGAUCUCACCGCAUUCGCUAGUUAAGCCCAAGAAGAAAUCAUCCAUCACAAAAUAUAAGAUCAACAAAUCGUUCACAACUUCUCCCACAAUGAAGGCGCCAUUGAAGCCUACGGUGACAAUUGCUUCUAUAGACACAUAUUCUCAACUUCAGAAGAAAAAUGCCAUUGAAGGUCAUAAGCGGCGAGCUUCCCGGGAAUUGCGAGCCAAUUCUACCCCUAGUAUAUUCGGAACCGAUGCCAACCGAAAACUAUACCCUGUUCUGGUGGGCAAUCCAUUCUAUCGCCCUAUCAAGUUCAGAUCCAGCACCUCCAUUCCCACGUUAGAAAGAAAGGAAUGGUAG